AUGGAAUCAUUCGCUCUCAUUUCCUUUCACACUGUUUCAUUUCUCUCUCUCUUUUUCUUUUCUUGCAUCUCUCUCAUUUCUGCUCUCUUUUCUGUCCUUUCUUUCUCUCUUUUGUUUCUUUACUCUCUCUCAUUCUUUUCUGUUCGUUUUUACUCUCUCUCUCUCUCUUCUGUUCUUUCUUUAAUGUCCCUCUAUUCUGUUUUUUCUUUACUCUCUCUCCUUUUCCUGUUUUUUCUUUACUCUCUCUCCUCUGUUCUUACACUCUCUUUUACUCUCUCACUCUUUUCUGUCCUUUCUUUACUCACUCUCUUUUCUGUCCUUUCUUUACUCACUCUCUCUUCUGUCCUUUCUUUACUCACUCUCUCUUCUGUCCUUUCUUUACUCACUCUCUCUUCUGUCCUUUCUUUACUCACUCUCUUUUUUCUGUUAUUUCUCUCUCUCUUUUUUCUGUUAUUUCUCUCUCUCUUUUUUCUGUUAUUUCUCUCUCUCUUUUUUCUGUUAUUUCUCUCUCUCUUUUUUCUGUUAUUUCUCUCUCUCUUUUUUCUUCUCUUUCUCCUUUUUUUACUGUUUUUUACUCUCUCUCACUUUUCUGUUUGUUCUUUACUCUCUCUCACUUUUCUGUUUUUUCUUUACUCUUUCUCUCUAUUCUGUUUUUUCUUUACUCUUUCUCUCUAUUCUGUUUUUUCUUUACUCUCUCUCUAUUCUGAUUUUAUUUAUACUCUCUCCCUUUUCUGUUCUUUCUUAUUAUCACUCUCUUUUUCUGUUCUUUCUUUACUCUCUCUUUUUAUGUUAUUUCUCUCUCUCUCUCUUCUGUUAUUUCUCUACUCUCUCUCUUUUCUGUUCUUUCUUUUAUCUCUCUCUUUCCUGUUUUUUAUUUACUCAUUUCUUUUCUCUUUUUUCUUUACUAACACUCGUUUCUGUUCCUUCUUUAUGCUCUCUCACUUUUUCUUUAUGCUCUCUCUCUUUUCUCUUUUUACUGUCUCACUCUUUUCUGUUCUUUGUUUACCUUCUCUAAAAUUUUCUGUUCUUUCUCUCUUUUCUGUUGUUUCUAUCUCCCUCUUUUCUCACCAUUUUUUACUCUCUCUCUCUAUAUAUAUUUUGUCCUUUCUUUACUCUCUCUCUCUAUUCUGUUUUUUCUUUACACUCUCUCCCUUUUCUAUUCUUUCUUUAUGCUAUCUUCCUUUUCUGUUCUUUUGUUUAUGCUCACACCCAUUUCUGUUCUUUACAUUCUCUCUCUCUUUUCUGUUCUUUACAUUCUCACUCUCUUUUCUGUUCUUUACAUUCUCUCUCUCUUUUCUGUUCUUUUCACUCUCUCUCUCUUUUCUGUUCUUUACAUUCUCUCUCUCUUUUCUGUUCUUUACACUCUCUCUCUCUUUUCUGUUUACAAUCUGUUUUCUUUACUCUCUCUUUUCUGUUCUUUAUCAUCUUUCUCUUUUCUGUUUUUUCUUUACUCACUCUUCUGUUUUUCUUUACUCUCUCUCACACUUAUGUAUUCUCUCACUUUUUUCUGUACUUUACACUCUUUUUUUCUGUUUUUUCUUCACACUGUCUUCUGUUUUUCUUCACUCUCUUUUCUGCUCUUUACACUCUUUAUUUACUCUUUCUCUGUUUUCUGUUCUUUGUUUACACUCUUUUUUUCUUUACUUUCUCUCUUUUCUGUUCUCUACUCUCACACUCUUUUCAGUUCUUUCUUUAGUCUCUCUUUUCAGUUCUUGCUUUAUUUUCCUUCUUUAUUCUCACUCUCUUUUCUGUUCUUUCAUUACUGUCACACUCUAUUUUCUGUUCUUUACUCUCUUUUCAUUCUUUGUCCCCCUCUUUCUCUGGCUUCUCAUUCUUUGCCCCUCUCUCACUCUCUCUGACUUCACAUUCUUUGCCCCUCUCUCACUCUCUCUGGCUUCUCAUUCUUUGCCCCUCUCUCACUCUCUCUGGCUUCUCAUUCUUUGCCCUCUCUCACCUCUCUGGCUUCUCAUUCUUUGCCCUCUCUCACACUCUCUGGCUUCUCAUUCUUUGCCCUCUCUCUUCUCUCUGGAUUCUCAUUCUUUUGCCCCUCUCCUCUCUCUGGCUUCUCAUUCUUUGCCCCUCUCUCCUCUCUCUGGCUUCUCAUUCUUUUCCCCUCUCUCCUCUCUCUGGCUUCUCAUGCUUUGCCCUCUCUCAUUCUCUCUGGCUUCUCAUUCUUUGCGCUCUCUCACUCUCUCUGGCUUCUCAUUCUUUGCCCCUCUCUCAUUCUCUCUGGAUUCUCAUUCUUUCCCCUCUCUCCUCUCUCUGGCUUCUCAUUCUUUGCCCUCUCUCCUCUCUCUGGCUUCUCAUUCUUGCCCCCUCUCUCCUCUCUCUGGCUUCUCAUUCUUUGCCCCUCUCUCCUCUCUCUGGCUUCUCAUUCUUUGCCCCUCUCUCCCUCUCUCUGGCUUCUCAUUCUUUGCCGCUCUCUCUCUCUCUCUAGCUUCUCAUUCUUUGCCGCUCUCUCUCUCUCUGGCUUCUCAUUCUUUGCCCUCUCUCCUCUCUCUGGCUUCUCAUUCUUUGCCCUCUCUCAUUCUCUCUGGAUUCUCAUUCUUUUCCCCUCUCUCCUCUCUCUGGCUUCUCAUUCUUUGCCCCCUCUCUCCUCUCUCUGGCUUCUCAUUGCCCCCCUCUCUCAUUCUCUCUAGAUUCUCAUUCUUUCCCCUCUCUCCUCUCUCUCUGGCUUCUCAUUCUUUGCCCCUCUCUCAUUCUCUCUAG